CUCUCUCUCUCUCUCUGGCUCUCUCUCUAUCUCUCACUCGCUCUCUCACUCACUCAUCUCUCUCUCACACACACACACAGACACACAAACACAAUGAACUAAAUUGAAAUCUCUUGGCGUUGCGUUGACGUUCAUUCCCCACGAAAUCAGGAAUUAUUGUUUAUUUCUUUACAGGAUUAUAUAUCGCUGCAUGACUGUCUGUCUAACACGACGCAAACUAUUUUAUUUAUUUAUUUGCCUUUCUUUGUGUUGAUUUUUCACGAACUGUGUUUCUCAGUCGCUUCUCUUUUCGGCUGUUUUCGGUUUUCGAUCUUACUGUAAGUUGAAGUGAGAACUACUGAUUUCGUUUUGUUUUAAGAUGUUUUGAAUCUUUUCAGUUUUGUUCGUCACCCCAAAAACCAGAAACACCAUGUGGCGCAGAAUUGUUCUUAUAGACGUUUUGAAAAUAUGAUGUAUAAACCCGGUUUUUUCGCUCUGUGCUUCUGGCUUGCACUUGGUGUGUUUGGUGUUGAUGCAGAUGAAGUGACGUCAGUGUCAGUGAUGGAGGGAGAUUCUGUCACUCUUCACACUAAUCUAACUCACAUACAGACAGAUGUACAGAUACUCUGGACUUUUAAACUAAACACUCGUUUGGCUGAAAUCAUUAAAAGGGAACAGAUGAACAUUUUUUUUGUUAGUGAGGAUGUGAUAUUCAGAGAUCAUCUACAGAUGAACAAUCAGACUGGAUCUCUAACCAUCACAAACAUCAAAACUGAACACACUGGACUUUAUCAACUACAGAUCAUCAGUGACAAGAUCUCAUACACAAGUUUUACUGUUAUUGUCCAUGCUCGUCUGGCUGUUCCUGUCAUCAUCAGAGAUUCUUCUCAAUGUUUUUCAUCAUCAGAAAGAUCUUCAGUGUCAAAAUGUGUGUUGUUGUGUUCAGUGAUGAAUGUGACACAUGUGAGUCUCUCCUGGUACAAAGGAAACAGUUUAUUGUCCAGCAUCAGUGUGUCUGAUCUCAACAUCAGACUCUCUCUACCUCUGGAGUUGGAAUAUCAAGACAACAACACAUACAGAUGUGUGGUGUCCAAUCCGGUCAGCAACCAGACUCAACAUCUAGACAUCAAUGAACUCUGUGAGUCAUGUUCAGCACACAUUCAGAAUCCAUAUUUGGUGGGAAUCACAGUUUUUCUGGUAAUGCUGGUUGUGGCGACUGCAGCUGUGAGUGUAAUGUGGUUUCUCUACAACAGGAAAACUAGACACAGAGUUCAGACUCGUGAUGAAGAAGAGAUUCAUUAUGCAGAAACAACAUUUAGUGCACGCCAUAUUGAGAUUCCGGUAAGAGAUUGUGUUGCUGUGUGCAUCUGUAUAUUGCUAUUUGAGACCCUGUGGUUUCUGUCAAAGCUUUAGUACAUACAAGAAAAAAAUGUGCUGCUUGCGCUCCUUUUGUAAGUGCAUGAUGCUGCAUCAGGCGUCAAGCUAUCUUAAGAUAUGUUGAUGCUUGCUUAGCGCUUGUGCUGUAGGCUAAAUAAAUACCUUAGUGAGUUGUGACUACACUCGAACCACACAGAUAUAACAGAAUUUGUGAACUUGUAAAAUCUCCGAGAAGAAACAGAAUGCAAAUUCUGCCAACUAGUUAACCAAAGUUAAAAGAAUGAAUCGAAUUAAAUAGAAAUUUUGUACAAAAUGACACGAUUUGUCUGUCUUGUCUCUAGGCUUUUGUUAUUUAGUCUGGCUUUAGUCCAAGUGUGUAAUGUCUGUGCAGCUCUACAAAGGCAAAACAUUUUAACAACGAACACAGUUUGUAUUUUUCACGCACUGAUUUAUAGCAAAGCUAACCCAAACCAAUGUAAUUACUCGGCAUUGAGAGGUAACUUGUUUUAGUCUCAUGUGUCUUGUCUCAUGUGUC